AUGUUUUGCUUCCCAUACCCCUGGCAGGCAUCACAGCAGAGAACAUCGAGCCCGAGAUCAGGCUCUUCACCGUCACCCUCGAGAAGAACCCUGGUCGCCUCUCCCUCUUAUCUCGCAGUCGCCCCUCCCUCCUACCCCACCGUCGCCAUUCCCUCCCAUCCCGCCGCCACCUCUCACCCUGUCGUCGCCUCUCACUCCCACCCCGUUGUCGCCUCUCCCUCGCUCCCCGCCAUCGCCACUAUCUCCCACCCCGCCGUCGCCACUCCCUCUUAUCCCUCCGCCACUCCCUCUUAUCCCGCCGCCACUCCCUCUUAUCCCGCCGCUGCCUCUUCUCCAAUUCCGCCGCCGCCACUCCCUCCUAUCCCGCCGUCGCCUCUCCCUCCUCCCCGCCGUCGCCUCUCCCUCCUCCCCCGUCACCUCUCCGUCCUCCCCGCCGUCGCAUCUCCCUCCUCCCGGCCGUCGCCUCUCCUCCUCCCUGCCGUCGCCUCUCCCUCCUCCCCGCCAUCGCCUCUCCGUCCUUCCCGCCGUCGCCUCUCCGUCCUCCCCGCCGUCGCCUCUCCCUCCUCCCCGCCGUCGCCUCUCCCUCCCCCCCGCCGUCGCCUCUCCCUCCUCCCCGCCGUCGCCUCUUCCUCCUCCCUGCCGUCGCCUCUCCGUCCUCCCCGCCGUCGCCUUUCCGUCCUCCCCGCCGUCGCCUCUCCCUCCUCCCCGCCGUCGCCUCUCCUCCUCCCCGCCGUCGCCUCUCCCUCCUCCCCGCCGUCGCCUCUCCCUCCCUCUCGCCGUCGCUUCUCCCUCCUCCACGCCAUCGCCUCUCCCUCCUCCCUGCCGUCGCCUCUGGCGACAGGUGCACGAGCGCAAGCGCGAGUUGGUGCGCGAGGGCGGGUCGGUGCGCGAGCUCGGGUGGGUGCGUGA